AACCUCACUCAUUUGCCAAACAAAGACAAAAACACUAGCCUCCCUCCUCUCCCACUCAUUGUACUCGUCCAGCACCAAGGAAAGGUGGAAAAGGAGCUCUGAACCCUCACCUUCCAUAGCCAACUCGAGUUCAAGUUCCAACAAGAAAAAGGGAGAAGUUUAGGAAAGGAAAAUGGAAAAAAGUGUGGUGAUUAAGGAGCUUGAUUAAGGCUUUCAAGAGCUUUCACGAAGUUGAAAGAGUCACCGGAGUUGUCGCCGGAGUUCGCCAAAAGUCGCCGGAGUUUCGCCGGAGUUCAACCGAGUAGAGUAGAACUUCGUAGCGCUAAUUCGAGCUAGAGCUUGCUACCUGCACCUUCUACGGGUGACAUCCAAUUCAAGGAAGACGUGGUUCGUGCUUCCUCAUGUUCUUUCAAAUUACUAAACAUUGCCCAUGGAUAUUUUUAUUUGUUUUAAACUACUUUUGGGUUUGCAGGCCCAUGUUAUUGGCCGAAUGUGGCCUAUGAAUUACCGCUGAAUAUUUCCGCUAUUCAAUGAUUUAAUUGUGAUGUUGUUAUGUAUGUUUACUACUGAGUAUGGAUGGAUUGUUUUCUCGAACGCCUUGUAUGAUUUAGUGAGGUUGACCCGCGGGUAACGUCACUCGAUUAUACGACGGUUGUACACGCGCUUUGAUUGCGGUCUGGGACGUGACAGAAAAGACCUAUCGAAUCUAGCCGUUUGGAUAUCCACAGGAUUACAGGAAGAAAACACUCCGUAGAUACCAGGCCGGAGGUCCUUCGCCUACCACCACCCUUUCGCCUACCGCAACUACUCCGCGUACCGCCACUCCUCUGCUGCUCGAUCUGCUUCCAUAUUCAGAGACUGGAGAGCAACGACUUCAAUGGAGAGCAGUGGCGUCAAUGGGAGAAACGCAGCUGAGCAGAAGAAAUCGCACACACCGAACAAAGAGAGGCGGAGAAAUUGAGUUUAAUUAGAGGAAGGGUAAAAGUGUAAUCUGGAGUCCUAUUUGGGAAAUAAAAAACUUGAUGUCCUAUUUUGGAAUUUAGUCUAUGUUUUAGUCUGCACAAUUUCUUAAAAGUAAAAGUAGUAAAGUACCGUACCAUAGGAUAACAUUGGCUCGUCCCAUGAAGUCUUUAAAACGACAAAAAUAUGCAAUAAUGGAUGCAAAACCAGCAAGCACAAUAAGAAUCGCCCCUGAAAUCACACAAGGGAAUAUGGCUCUGCAGCUCGACGCGCCGUCCUCAUUUCCCUACAUGUUAUUACAUGUAUAUAUAUAUUCCGGGAAGGAGGGAGAAUGUAGUAUUAGUACGUGGUUUCAAACUACAAAUGUAAGACUAAACUUAAUGACGAAAAUCUUAUAUACCCUUGAAUAAUUUCCCAGGGCACGGUGGUCAACUGGUCACUCCCAAGGCGGGUUGGUCAUCGGAGGGUGGCGGCGGAGCACCGGCAACAGCGGCCGGAGGACAUGUUGCCGGAAGUGGCCGGAGGUGACGGUCAGUGACAGUGGCCAGAGGUGGUAGCCAUCGGCGGCGGCGGUCACUAUCAAACGAGAGAAACUGCCCUCAAGAAGAGGCUUUUGGGGUUAUGAUUAUGAAGAGGAAACACAAAAAACUGGGUCUGUUUCAAGAAACAAAUCUGGUAAUUGGACACCCAUUUCCAGGAAAACAACAGGAAUGGUGAGGGUAGAAAAGAGUUGCAGGGCGCGAGGGAGUAACCGGCAGAAACACGAUAUUGAUCUUCAGGAUGGUAACUUCACAACCCAGGAAGAGGAACUCAUUGUCAAACUUCAUGCCACCAUAGGAAGCAGGUGGACAAUAAUAGCACAACAGGUACCAGGAAGAACAGAGACAGAGGUGAAGAACGUGUGGAACGCAAAGCUGAAGAAGAAGCUCACUGCCAUGGGGAUCGAUCCCGUCACCCACAAACCCUUCUCCCAAAUCCUCUCCGACUUUGGCAACAUCGGCGCCGGUUUCCCCCCUUCUUCCCCCCAUUCCUUUUCCUCCAGCCGCCGCAGCUUUGGCUCCCUCACCAACCCUCCGACACCACACAGAGCAGAGCCACCACCAGAAGAUUUCGGCGGCGGCGGCGGCGGCGAUCCUUUCCAGCCGGCCAGCAAUUCCGAUGACCCCCAUCAUCGCCACGCCGCCGACCUUUUCGCCGAGCUCCAAGCCAUUAAAUCCAUCACAAAUAACAAUUACUCAGUGGUCGAAGCUCCCCUGUCUUCUUCACUAUCAUCAUCUUCCUCAUUAACAUCUACUGUGGAUAAUCACCAUCAUCAUCAAGAGACCAAUAAUGGGGGUUUCAGCUGGUGCGAUUUUCUGCUUGAAGAUGCUUUUUUGCCAGCUCAGCAAUCAGAGUGGGACCCUCCACAGGAGCCGGCAGGGAAUCGUGAUGACGGGGACCCUCCUGAAAACGACAGGGUUUCUUCGUCAAACGACGACCAUCUUGAAGCUGCUGCUUCGUCUUUUAUGGAAGCAAUGCUGUCUCGGGAAGACGAAAUGUUUUUGGAUUUCCCUGGACUCUCUGAGGAACCGUUCUACUAUUGACCCACUUCCUUAAUUACCCAUUACCUAUGAGUUAAUAUUUGACUAAUUGUGAUGCAUAAGAAAAGAAAUUGAGUUUUAGUCAUAAUUUUAGGUCAAUUAUUUUAUUCCGCAUCAUGGAAGGUGUAGAUUUCAUAACAUAAUUGGAAUGUACUUCGUAUGUUUUACCUGUUGUAUCGCUUUUCACUUGUAUGCCUCACAAAUUUUGUUUUAAUAUAUGGUGACAUAUAUUUUAUGAUAGAAAUUAAAUAGUCUA